AUGUCCUCACGAAGUACUCGUAUCUCCACUGCUAUUGAUAGCUUAGUGCGCCGAUUUCAAGUAGAUAUACCUGGAGAAGAUCCUGCAGAUGCGGAGGAAAGAGAAAGCAAUGCUGCCGACUUUGUACGGGAAGUUCUGGGAAGCUCAAAAACUCCUGCUGUUGUCGCAGAUGUGAACCAAGCUUCGGAUUUGAUAAAGAAACGAUUAAUACAAACAAACCCAAGUCCGAAUGAAGCCCUAAGAUUUACAAACCUUUAUAGCCGGCUUCUUUCUAUACCGGUCAUUACACAAAAAUGGGCAGUGCUUUAUUUUCUAUAUCAGCUAGGAGAUCAAGAGCAACUUAGGCCUUCUGGGUUGACGAGCCCGUUUAUGAGUCCAAUAAGAAAGAAGAAAUCAAGGAGAGCACUCGAGGCUCAAGAUACUGCAAGUGCUGCUCCUCUCAGGGACACACGUCGAAAUUUUCAAACCGAUAAUACCUUUGAUUCCCAAAGCCACACGUCGCGAGAGGAACGGGAAUUUGACGAUGCUUUUGCGCCUGCCGGGUUGAAGAAAUUACCGGAACGAGAAGGGGGUCAGAGAGAUAGAAAGGAAGAAGAGCAGGCAUUUGUGAAGACGCCAGUCAGCCAACGUGAGAGUGUCGCAUUGAAGACGGCUCUGCUGGCGGAAAAUUAUGUCGAAAUUGAUCCACCGGAGACUGCAUUGCUUAGGGAUUUGCCAUUCACAUUACAAGGUCUAUCUUCGUCGAAUUUACCAUUUGAUUCCCAAUCAAGCCUAAGGCUACCAGAUACUUUGCCCGUACCAAUAAUCUCGAUCCUCCAUACUUUAGCUGAGCCAUCGCUACUAUACAGAAGUCUGUCCAGUUUUGUGCAGACGAGUGAUGGCGGUUUACUCGGCCAGAGUUUAAGAGCUGCUAUUGCUGGCGAACUCAGGUCAUACCUUGGGCUCGUAGCGACAUUAGAAGGUCAAAUUAGACGAGCACUUUCAUCAUUAGAUGAGAAUGAGCCUAGAGGAGGCAUUGGAAAGGCAGGAGUCACUCUUAAGAGAUGCGUGGUAUGGACCCGAGAAGCUACGAUGGGCUUGAGAUUAAUGAGUUUAAUAAGUGAAGAAUCGAAAAGCAAAAAGGGUGGCCAGCUCAUUACCUUGAUCCAUGGAUUUUCGUCAUCACAUGGGGACCCAAUGGUAGGAGCUUUUGCCGAACGCUUGUUGAUUCAUGUCACUCGGCCAUUUUAUGAUAUGCUUCGACAUUGGAUUUAUGAUGGAGAAUUAUCUGAUCCCUAUCAUGAAUUUUUCGUCUCGGAGCAAGAUCCCAAUGCGAUUCAAGAAGCCCAAGAUGGCAGAAGUCGAGGAGGUGCCAGUAGUGUAUGGGAGGACAAAUACAAACUUAAUGAAGAUAUGGUACCAAGUAUCAUUACACAGGAUUUCGCUCAAAAGGUCUUUUUGAUCGGAAAGUCCUUGAACUUCAUCCGUUAUGGCUGUGGAGAUUCUCAAUGGGUGGAGGCAUAUUCAAAAGAUGCUUCAAAAGAACUACGAUAUGGUGAUACCGCAACGUUAGAAACAUGGAUUGAUGAAGCUUACAAGACAACAAUGGCUCGACUAAUCCACCUAAUGUCGGACAAGUUUCAUCUUUUUGAGCAUCUUAAGGCUCUUAAAAACUAUAUCCUUCUAGGGCAGGGAGAUUUUAUCGCUCUACUCAUGGAAUCUCUCGCAUCAAAUCUUGAUCGUCCCGCAGGUGCCCAAUAUCGACAUACCCUGACAGCUCAACUUGAACACGCUAUUCGUGGCUCUAAUGCGCAAUACGAUUCUCCCGAGGUUCUCCGACGUCUUGAUGCUCGCAUGUUGCAACUGUCUCAUGGUGAUAUAGGUUGGGAUUGUUUCACACUUGAAUACAAAAUCGAUGCCCCUGUCGAUGUCGUAGUAACCGAAUGGGGUAACCGACAAUACCUCAAAGUUUUUAACUUCUUAUGGCGUAUUAAACGUGUUGAAUUUGCCCUCUCUACCACCUGGCGUAAAUGUAUGACCGGCGCCCGCGGUGUCCUACUCGGAUCUCCUGAUCCCGCCUUCCAUCAAUCUUGGAAACAAACUCGUGGCGUCCUUGCAGAAAUGAUUCACUUCAUCGCUCAACUUCAAUACUAUAUUCUCUUUGAAGUCAUCGAGUCCUCUUGGGAUGAACUCCAAUCUGCAAUUCACAAAGAUGGUUGCACACUUGACGAUCUUAUCAAAGCGCAUACCAAGUACCUCAAUGCCAUCACACAUAAAGGUCUUCUAGGCGCCAAGAAAAAACAUUCUAAUGACCUUGAUGAUAAUACUUUUAUGGUUCAAUUAGGCGAAAUCCUUAGACUAAUGCUAUCAUACCGCGACGCAGUUGACGGGCUUUAUUCCUUCAGCGUAACGGAAUACUCCAAACGUCAAAACGCCAAUUCUCCCUCGGUCCCCCCGACAGGUACCACCUCCUCUCGACCCGGAACUCGUUUCGAUGAUUAUCCUCCCUCUCGAUCUCCUUUUGAGAACCCCAACCCUGCACUUUUAAAUCUCAACCUUUCAAAUAUUCAGGGUGAAGAAGAAGAAUUCCCUCUAUUGGCAGACAGAUUGAGUGGAUUAGGAACGCAAUUUAAAACAAGGAUUUCUCUAUUACUAGGGGAUUUGGCGUAUCAACCGGACACGGAUAUGAGAUUUUUAGGUGUGGUAAUGAAUUUUAAUGACGUAUAUACAGGGGUCAGGCGGAAAAGUAACCGAGAAAGGGAAAGGGAAAGAGAAAAAGGGAAGGGAAAAGCUAGAGAAGGAAGAUCUGGUGAAUCAAGCGUUAAGGAAAGAUAA